AUGCUCCCUACGACGCUAGGAUUGAUUCCUGAGGUGAAGGAGGAGUACCCUGGUGCUUGUUUAGUAGAGCGUACUGCUCGCUUACAACAAUUUGUUGAAUUGGGACCACCAGAUGUAUGUAACAUUUAUAAGCAUUCGAUAAACUCUAAAAGAGAACAUGGAGAAAUUGGUACAUUUUUGUACUUUACAGGGGUUGAUACCUCAUCCAUAGCGCUGAUUGCUGCUCAUUUGCAAAGUUUGGCUAAUUUGAUGACUUCGAAACUGCAGUAUUGGUUUGGUGAAAAAAAGCACUGGAAAGUACCUCAGUUGACCUAUUGCACCUUUAAUGCUUUUAGUAAAGUUGAUAUGAGAGUAACCGUUCAUAUACCGGGCAAAUUUGAGAUUCAGAUAUUGAAUCAAGACGGGAAAAUGAUCCAGAACAAGGUCAAUGAGGAACAAUUGGAGAAAUUUUGGAUGGAAACUUUUUGUACAUCGAUUAUACGUUGUGUGUUGGAAAGUGAAGAUGGCGAUGAUGUCAACAAAGUCGGUGGUGUUGUUGAAAUUAGAAAGGUUAAUCCAUUCAAUAAUGGAACCGCUUCAAAGGAAUUAUUAAAUAAUUUUUUAAAUGCAUUUGAAGAGUUGUUCUUUCAAGGCACAAAGUUGGGGUGCAACGUUGAUAUACCUCAGCCUACUUUGAUCAACAACUAUCUUGUAGAUGGGUUUAUUAAGGUUAUACAGUUGACUCAAAGUUACGACCAAGGAUUGGAGAUUAUGAAUCGAUUAUACAAAAUCGAACCCAGUGUAUUAUCAAUCAUUGCCAAGAUUCAAUUAUUGAAACAAGAUGAGAUUGAAGCGGUAAAGACCAUGUAUAAGGGAAUUCAAGAAAAUAAACGAGACUCAAACACAUUAGUUUUGCAAGCUCAAUAUUGCUUGGAGAAGAAAAAACCAGAGUUGGCACUUGAAUUGGCCAAACAAGCAGUUAAGUCAUCGCCAUCGGACUUUUUGACCUGGUCUGUAUUGGUUGCAUGUUAUACGAAAUUAGGAAACUAUGAAAAUGCUUUAUUGACAUUGAACUCGUGUCCAAUGAAUUCACAUAAGGAAAAGUAUCAAUUGAAAAGAGUGGUGCCAAUAAGAUCACACGAGGAUUUGCAUUUGCCAUCACCAUUGGAUGUCACUAUGGAUGAAGUUUCUAAUUUGCAAAGUAAUGAUAUAAGUUAUGAGCACAAGAAUUUAGAUCCCCAAUUGGCAAAUUUGCCAGCAGCAAAUCUCAAAUCCACUUAUGCCAAAGCUUAUGAUUUGUUGACUGAAAUAGUUGCCAAAACAGGUUGGGAGUUAUUGUUGAAGUACCGUGCAAAAGUAUUUGUUAUGGAAGAGGAGUACCGAAAGGAUAAAAAGAGUUCAAAUGCAAGUGCAAACGGUCAUUUACGUAAGAAUUUCACACAAUCUACAGUUAGUAUGAAUAAUGUUUCUACAGAUACUAAUGCUGCUGCUGCUGCUACUACUACGACUACUGAGAGCGAUGUUGAUUCAACGACUGCUGUGAAAUCUCCAAGAGAAGUAACUGAUGGUAGUGGUGGUUCCAUUCCAGAUGAUUCAGUAGUGGAUGCUGCUGAUGCUGCUACUGCUACUGAUGCUGCUACUGCUAAUGAUGCUGCUACUGAUGCUGCUACUGCUACUGAUGCUGCUACUGCUACUGAUGCUGCUACUGCUACUGAUGCUGCUACUGCUACUGAUGCUGCUACUGCUACUGAUGCUGCUACUGCUACUGAUGCUGCUACUGCUACUGAUGCUGCCCCCAUUUCUGACAACAAGGGUGACACCAGUUCACAGGAGUCCUUCAACUACGAAGAUGAAUUUCGAAAGAAACGGUUAUGUGAAAGAUGGUUAGAUAAUUUGUUCAUGUUAUUAUAUGAAGAUUUGAGAGUUUAUACUAUGUGGCAAGCAGAAUCUUUACAUUUCCAGGCUCAACAAAUGGAGUAUAAAAAGACUACUUUAGAAUGGGAGAUUCUUGGUUCUAUUGCAUACAGAUUGAAGCACUACAAGGAAGGGUCAGUUGCUUUUGCUAAUGCAUUGAGUGGAAGAUUUUCUGCAAAAUCACAGAAUGAGAUGUUAAAGUAUUAUUUGAAAGAACGGAAUAAGCUAUUAACGAGAAACACUCAACAACAACAACAACAACAACAACAACAACAACAACCACUGCAGCUGCAGCAGCUGUUGCAGCAACUGCUGGCGAGUGGCAAUUUUGUACAAAAUUAUUCCAAGAUGAUGAGUCGGUUAAAUGAAAAGAUUUUAGAAAGUAUAGUCAAAUUACUAGUUUGGAACCAUCGAUGGUAUUGUGAUUUUUCACCUUAUUUGCUAUUAUGUCUAAGUGACUUAGUCUCAUGGGAAGGAUCCUUAAGAUUGGAGAGUUCUAUUAAAGCGUUAUAUAACGAGAGCAAAUUACCAGGACAUAGUGGUGGGUUUGGUUCUAGUCCAGUUAAAGAGUCCCAUAGAGACAAGAAUGAAUUAAUUGGCAACCAUGGAGUAGUUGAAAUGAUGAAAGACUUGAAUGAUGACUAUAUCAAAUUAUACAAUCUAAGCAACGCCGAUUAA